CAGAAGCCAGUUACGUUUAAAAAAAAACUGCGCAGUUUACGUAAACUACGUACGGUGGAACAUUUCCUGCGUGUGUUGCUGUAGCUGGUUAGUAAUGGCGGAGCUCAAAGAGGCAGACGCUGCUCAGCUACACCAGGAGGACGUCGAUAUCAAACGUGGAGAUGGUGGAGCUGCACUUUCAGCCGGUGACCGAGCUGCAGAACAGGCAGAGAAGGACGAAGCUGCUGCAGACAGCGAUGCCAAACCCUCAACCACAACUAUUGAGAGACACAUCUCCAUCCAAACUAAACUGGAAGGCUUCGAGAUGCUGGUGGACCUCAAUGGUGCGGGACGCAAGUCGUGUCCUCUGUGUCCUGAGGAGAAGUUUAAAGCCUGCUACAGCCACAAGCUCCGCCGACACCUGCAGAACCUCCACUGGAAGGUCUACGUGGAGUUUGAAGGCCAGAGGAUGUGCAUCUGCCACCUGCCCUGCAGAAACCUGAAGCCCAGCCUCAGCGGAGAUCAGGCAUCGGGGAGACACGUGGCUCACUACCACUGUGUCGUGUGUUCUGUCACCAUCGCCCGUAAGACGGACAUGAUCAGCCACCUGAAGCGUCACGUCAACAAAGGAGAGACUGAGGCCAGCUACUCCGGGAGCUCGGACGCACCGUUUGAGGAGCCGGCUCCGUCUGGUCAGGCGUAUGAAAUCAUGAAAGAACUGGGAACCAACGUCCAGCUCCUCCCGAACCACACCACCCCGCAGAAGAGCGACACCUACUUCAACCGCAAGAUGAAGACCAACAGGCAGCUGGUGUUUUGUUCGCUGGCUGUUCUGGCUGAAGAGAGAAACCCGCUGGAGUGUCUGGAUGCUUUUGGAGCCACAGGGAUUAUGGGCCUCCAGUGGGCGAAGCACCUUCGUAACGCAGUCAAAGUGACCAUAACAGAUAUCAGCGACACGUGCGUCAAAAUGAUCAAAGAGAACUGCGAGCUCAACCACAUCCGGGUGGAUGGAGGCUCGCGAGGCCCCAGGGGGCCCGAAGUGGGCAGCAGUGAAGUCAAGGGAGGGUCCAUCGCUACGGUGGAGGUCGCCAAGAUGGACGCAAACGUCAUCAUGCACCUGCGGCCCUUCGACUACAUUCACUUGGAUCCGUAUGGGACGGCGGUGAACUACCUGGACGCCGCCUUCAGAAACGUCCGGAACCUGGGCAUCAUCUCUGUGACGUCCACAGACACGGGCUCUCUGUACUCGAAGUCUCCCAACGUCACCCUGCGUCACUACGGCUGUCACAUCGUACGCACCGAGUACUACAAAGAGCUGGCUGCGCGCAUGGUCGUGGCCACUGUGGCCAGAGCGGCGGCUCGCUGCAACAAAGGCAUCGAGGUGCUGCUGGCGGUGGCGUUGGAGCAUUUCGUCCUGGUGGUGGUGAGAGUCCUCAGAGGUCCCACGCAGGCUGACGAGUCAGCGAAGAAGUUACGGAAACUGGUCCACUGUCAGUGGUGUGAGGAGAGAGUCUUCCUCAAACUGGGAAACAUGGUGGACGACACGCUGCCCUGCAACUGUCAUGGAAGUCUGCCUGGAAAGACAGCAGUGCAGCUGGGACCAUUAUGGUGUGGUCCUCUGUUUAACACGGGCUUCCUGAGGAGGAUGCUGUCGGCGGCGGUGCAGCACAAUAUGGACGACAUCCAGCCGCUCGUCAAAACUCUGAUCUGCGAGUCCGAGUGCACCACCCUCAAGUCUUUGGUCCACGGGCCGUCCGCUCUCACCAACCAGGUGGAGUGUGGAGUCGUCAUCAAGACGUUACAGAGCGGAGAGGAGUCGGGUCCUGCUGAUCAGUCUGGGAAGAGAAAGACCGGAGAGGAGUCUGGAAAUGUAGUGAAGAAGCUGAAGUCCGAUGCCUCUCUGGAACAUCCGCCCUUCUACUACAGCAUCCACCGCCACAGCAUCAGAGGCAUGAACAUGCCCAAGUUGAACAAGUUUCUUCAGUACCUGACGGAGGCCGGCUUCAGGGUGAGUCGGACUCACUUCGACCCGACGGGGGUUCGAACCGAUGCCACGCUGGAGCAGUUUAAAUCGGUCCUCACCAAGUACAGCGUCCCCACGUACACCAACGCCACCACCACUCAGACGAGCGUGAGCACGGAGAAAACGGCGUGAGAACAACAGGCAGGGCCAAGGUCGGCUCGCACUCGCAACACCCGAGAGGAAACAGUCAGUGUGCUCGGUUACUCGUCUUGUUUCUGCUCCGCCUCUACUGCUUGUGUUAACCUAAACAAAGUUCUGACUGCACUGCACUGAUGUCUAAAACAAACCCACCAACUGCUCUCUAUUUGGAUGUUUACUAGAACAAAGUAGAAAGUCUUUAAUCAAACCAAAACUGAUGUGAAGUUUUAUUGAAACUGAUCCUGAGCCCAAUUUAUCUACUGUUUCUCUGUUUCGGAUUUCUCUUCUGAAUCCAUAUGCUAUAAAAGGUUUUGCCUUUUUUGUUUCUCCUGUCUUAUAAAAACAUAAUAAAGUCUUUCUGCAAAGCCUGAA